AAGGAAAAAACAAGUACCUUUCAUGCUAAAAUCUUAAAUUCAAAACGCAAACUAUCUGCUGUUGAUGAGAUUGAACGUGAAAAGAUUGGUAGAAGACUUGAUACAAUUUAUAUUGGCAGGGGUAUUGAAUUGGGUGGAUUAGAGGUAGGUCCUACGAAAGAUAAUACAAAAGAAUUCGAAGAUUCUAUGUUGAAACUCCCAUUUGUUUUCAAGGAUAUGUUGAGCGAAAUCGUGAGCCGUCGUCCUUCACUCUUACAUAAGGCUCAUAUCCUUGGUUACAACAUAAAUGGUAUGUAUGCAAAAUAA